UUGAAUUUGUCAUUGUCAAAUGUAAAUAUUUUUAUUGGAUGUGUAAACAGUGUUGAAAUUGAUUGGAUUUCUGGAAGAUUAACAAAUGCACGAAUAAUUACUUCUAGAUCAUUCCAAACAGACAGAACUGUCCAGAGUCCAGAUAGUAAGAUGUAUAAAAGUAAAAGAGGUCCCAUGAAUCGACCACCCAGUGGCCUAAUAGACUCUGAAUUUUAUACAGGAUUUCGAUCUGAUAUCGAAAAUGAAUCUGUUUCCCCUGCGUAUAAAUUACGUUUAUUUGCAUUGUUCAGACAGAUAGAAAAAGAAUUCGAUUUAUUGUAUCAAGAGAACCAAAACUUACAUGAUAAGAUCGAUUUGUUGAAUGAGAAGCUGGAGAGAGAUACAUUCGAUAAGCCAGAUUGUGUAGAUUUUGAUGCAAACCUAUCCAAGGCAUUGACCAAGAAAUUAAGUUCAUCAAGCCAGAAAAAUAAAACUGCUCACAAACUCAGAGCGCAGACAAGCAAAAUUGUAUCCAGUUUCAAGGCUCCUCAUUUUGCCUGUGGACUUAUUAAAGAAUAUGUUGGACACAAAGAUGGAAUAUGGGAAGUAUCAGUUGCACGCCCAGGAGUUCCUGUGAUGGGAACAGCUUCAGCUGAUCAUACUGCUUGCUUAUGGAGUAUAGAGAGCUCCAAGUGUCUUUUGCAAUAUCAGGGUCAUGCUGGAUCAGUAAAUUCUAUCAGGUUCCAUCCUUCUAAAGAUCUUGUUCUAACUGGCAGUGGUGACUCGUCCGCUCAUAUUUGGCAAGCAGCAUUGAAUUGGGAUAUACCAAAAGGGCAUUCAUCUGAAGAAGAGCUAGAAGGAGAUGAACUAGAUGACAGAAUUGAAACAAAUAAGGCUUCUACACUGAGGACACCAUUUCAAGAGUUAUCUGGCCAUACAGGAGCUGUAUCUGCUGCAGAGUGGCUUGCUGGAGCAGAUCAAGUGAUAACUGCUUCUUGGGAUAGACUGGCUAUUUUACACGAUGUUGAAACCGGUUCGAUUUUGACUACACUGACAGGUCAUGAUCAAGAAUUGAAUCAUACAUCUACACAUCCAACUCAAAAAUUGGCAGUUACAUCAUCUAGAGAUACAACAUUCAGGUUGUGGGAUUUCAGAGAAGCUGUUCAUUCAGUCUCUGUUUUUCAAGGGCAUGCAGA